AUGCAGAAUACUGCCCAGAAACCACAAAAUGGUCUGCUGAGACUGGACCCUUCAACCGUCCAGAGUGAUUUGUGGAAACAACCGGUGAAGCGUAUUCAUGAAGCAUCGGAUCUAGUGUACUUCCAUCAGUCAGUUGCUUUGCACAACAUACAAGCCACGAUUAUUGAGUUUUGUCAGCUAGUGAGUUUUCAGGAAGUCCCUGAAGGGGUUUUGGACGAUUCUAUUGUAUCAAUUGAGGAAAAUGCUCGAAAUGGCAGUCAUGGUGUUGUUUGUCUGGCUCCUCCCACAACAGUGGAUCCGGGGUUCCAGGACGUUCACCAUCCAGCGGGAGUCAGAGCUGUUCUGAAGGUCCUGAGUUUCCUGGAAGAUGUUAAGAAGAGAUGUCCUCCUUUGGAGGGACCGCGAAGGUUUGGAAAUAUGGCAUUCCGUACUUUCCACGAUACUCUUGCAGAGGAGAUUGACGAGAUACUAGGCGAGGCAUUCGGACCUCUAUUUCACUUUGGAACAAGUACCAUCGAGGAGUUUGUGAGUGAGGCUAAGUAUUAUCUUGUUGGAUCACUUGGAUCCAGAAACCGCCUUGAUUACGGAACAGGACACGAACUUUCGUUCUUGGCCUUCGUUUCGGGUCUCUUGAUGUGUGGUAUAAUCGAGCCUGAAGAACUAAAGGGAACAGAUAUAUUGACCAUGUUUGGCAAAUACUACGAUUUAGUGAAGGAGCUUAUAUUGUCGUACACUCUUGAACCUGCUGGAUCACACGGAGUGUGGGGCCUGGAUGACCAUUUCCAUCUGAUCUACAUCCUUGGUGCAGCGCAGCUAGUGAAUUUCUCUGAGGUGAUGAAUGGAGGAGACUCUCGCGAAAACAGAAGGCAUAACGAGGAGAAUAUGCGGCAGAGACUUACUCCUGCACCCAGAUCGGUUUUGAACUCGACGUCUCUGCGCAGAUACCGCACGAAGAACCUGUAUUUCAAUGCCAUUUCGUUCAUCAAGAAGGUCAAGUCUGGUCCCUUCAACGAACAUUCUCCGGUGCUAUAUGACAUCAGCAGCUCCAAGCCCUGGGAGAAGAUCUCGAAGGGCAUGGUGAAAAUGUACUAUGCUGAGGUGCUGUCAAAGUUUCCUGUGGUUCAGCACUUCUAUUUUGGUGGUGUUUUGUUCCCAUGGAAGGACCAGGCAACCGGUAAAGCUCUUCCUGAAACAACACCUGAAGAAACUGGUGGAGAAUUUGACACAGAAGCAUCGCCAGGAGUGGAGGACAGCCAAACAUUUGAUGCUCGCAACCAACCCACCUUGCGAAAUACCCAUGGCAGUCAGUUCUCUCGGAGAUCUCCACCUGUGAGGGGAUCAGUAGAAGUACCGACAAAAGCCCCAUGGGCCAGAUGA